AUGGUUUAUAGUGACAAGCAUCGAAAAAUUAAUGUUCCAACUGAUAAUGUUCCAAUCCAAGCAACGUUACGUCAACUAGAACAGCCUAUCUGUUUAUUUGGAGAACGUCCAGCCGAACGACGUAGACGUCUUCAAAACCUAAUAUCAUCUUUAUCUGAUAAUGAAAUUGCAAAGAUAUUACCUUUGUAUCAUGACGAGCCUGAUGAAUUACAAACAGCACGAUAUUGGAUUGCAGAAUAUGCCUUGUCAAGAGCAAAAGAACGUAUUGAAAAAUUAAAAGAAUAUGUUGCUAUACCUGAAGUAUAUCGAACAGCUAACAUUCAAGGUUUAUAUCGUGAAUUACGAGAGUGGUUUAUGCAAACUUUGAACAAUACCAGAUUUUGGCAUCCUCAAUCAACAUUAGCACAAGAUCCAGCAAUGAUUAAUUUAGCAUCUAGUUCAUUUGAUGGAAGUGUUAAAUUAUGGAAUCUUCAAAGUGAUGAACCUAUUGCUGAAAUUGAAAAAAGAAUCAAAGAAUCUUUUAUCAUUUUCAUUAAGGAUCUUGAAACUCAAGAAGAAAUUUUACCUCAAGAAGGUCAUUCAAAAGCAGUUCAUGGCAUUACAUUUCACUGUGAUGGAAGUUUAUCUGCUACGGCAUAUCACAUAGCAACUGGUUCGGAAGAUAAUUUGUGUAAAAUUUGGGAUCUACGUCCGAUUAAAAAUGUUUACAAUAUUGCUGCUCAUGAAAAUUUAGUUUCAACUGUUAAAUUUCAACGUACUGAAGGACAUUAUUUAGUAGCUGUUCCUUAUGAUGAUACAAUUAAAUUAUGGACGCAUCCGAUAUGGUCAGCGCUUUAUUCUUCAAAAGGCCAUGAAUAG